AUGAAAAACAGAAGUGAACUACAAAGGCUGAUAAAAACCAUUGGCGCCCAACUUUUUAGCACUUCGAAUUUUUUGUCGUCCCAAUUCUUCAAACUCUCUUUUUCUUUGUAAUAAAAAGAAAAUGAGGAUCAGCAACACUCUUGCGAACCUGCAAAAGAAAUGGCAAAAAAUGUACAUCACCACCAUCAGCAUCAAAGCAAGAACAACACUGGCACAAAACUUGUAUUGAUUGUGUCUUUUGCCUGUCUUUUGGGUUUGGCUUGCAUUGUAAAUCUUUUGUGGGCAUCUUCUUUUUCUUUUUCCUCUUCAUAUCUUAGAUUUGCUUCCACUUGGGUGUCUGAAAAACCUCGUAUCUUUGUCUUGCCAAGGGCUGAAGAAGAUCCCAACACUACUGACAAGAUAGGGGAUGUGAUUCUGAAAAGAAAGAAGGGUAGUCCAUCUGAGAGAUUCCUAUCGGCAACAUUUGCGGAUUUACCAGCACCAGAGUUGCCAUGGGAACAGAUGCCAUCAGCACCGGUGCCACGUCUUGAUGGAUCAGCAAUACAGAUUAGGAAUCUUUUCUAUGUUCUUUCAGGAUAUGGCACCCUCGACCAUGUGCAUUCUCAUGUUGAUGUGUUUAAUUUCACCGAUAAUACAUGGUGUGCGAGGUUUGAUACGCCAAAAGACAUGGCAAACUCACAUCUAGGGGUGGCAAGUGAUGGGAGAUACAUAUAUGUGGUCUCAGGUCAAUAUGGCCCCCAAUGUAGGAGCCCGACUGCUCGUACUUUUGUUCUGGAUACUCAGACAAGGAAAUGGCGUAGCAUGCCUCCUUUACCAGCCCCCAGGUAUGCUCCAGCAACUCAGUUAUGGAGAGGCAGACUCCAUGUGAUGGGGGGCAGCAAGGAAAACCGCCACACGCCAGGAUUGGAGCACUGGAGCAUAGCAGUAAAAGAUGGCAAAGCAUUGGAGAAAGAGUGGCGGACUGAGAUCCCUAUUCCUCGUGGAGGACCGCAUAGACUGUUUGUAAUUGGUGGUCAAGAGGGAGAUUUUAUGGCAAAACCUGGAUCACCUAUCUUCAAAUGUUCACGCAGGCAUGAGGUGGUCUACGGUGAUGUUUACAUGCUAGAUGCUGAAAUGAAGAAAUGGGAAGUCUUACCUCCAUUGCCAAAACCCAACUCCCACAUAGAAUGUUCUUGGGUAGUUGUCAACAAUUCAAUCAUAAUUACAGGAGGUACAACAGAAAAGCACCCAGUGAGCAAAAGGAUGAUCCUGGUUGGGGAGGUUUUCCAGUUUCAUUUAGAUUCACUGACAUGGUCAGUGAUUGGAAAGCUUCCUUACCGUGUGAAGACCACCCUGGCUGGUUUCUGGGAUGGAUAUUUGUAUUUUACAUCAGGACAGCGAGACAGAGGACCAGAUAAUCCACAGCCAAGGAAGGUCAUUGGAGAGAUGUGGAGAACCAAAUUGAAUUUCUGAUUAAAUUAUUUUUUCUAGCUUAGCCAUGUUUUUAACAUUAUUAUAUUAUGGCUCUUUCCCUCUAUGGGAAUACAACAAAUCUGAGGUCAAGUAUUUCAAUUCAAUUCUUUUUUCCUUUAAAUUUUGGUUUAUGGUAAUUAGACAAUUCAUUAUCAGAAAUUUUAAUUGUGACUCUCUAGUUCAAGAAUGAAAAUAACUUGAAUUUUACUAUUAAAUUCAGCUAGUAAUGAUCAUUUUAUUAACAUUACAUACAAAUAAUCCAUAAACCAACCUCAACCAUUGUUAGUGCAAGGCUGUCUCCAGCCUUAUGGCGGGUAAAAACCUAAAAUCACAUGGUAGGAUGUCAAUUAAUAGCAAAAUUUAAAAGUUUUUCUAACGGUUUUUCUAACAUUUGUGUUCCGAUGUUGAAUGCUUAUAUUUGAGGGAGUGCAGUUAUUUAUAUGGUGAGUGUGCACAACGACCC